ACCCCCUCUCGGAGAAACGGAGGCUUCUGAUUGGUUAAGGCGCCAAGCCGCCAUAACCGUUUCAAAACGGCCAAGCCUUUUAAAAAAGCUGCCAAGCGCUACGAGGCCUUUAAUUUCGCUUCAGGGCGACGCAGCGGGACGGCGUCCUUUAAUUUGCCUGGUCGCAUCUCGAAAGCGAAAGGUAUCAGCCAUAAUAAACCGAUCCUUCUGUUAUCCAAAAAUAAUGGCCAUCUGGACCAAUCAGCGACGUGCGUCCCCAAACGAGCGGGAAAACUUACGCCAUCUGUCGAAGCGUCUGCGAACUUUUUUUUUUCUCACGAUGGCUGCUGUUGCGUCUGCUGCGUCGGCUGUUGAACACGCUCGCUGCCACAUGUAUCGUGUCGAACCGAUUUACGGCGAAACUAGUCCGAUAGAGCUGCCGAAUUGUAUGUACAAAGUCGACUCCGUCUACUGCGAAGCGGAUACAAGCGGCAUUUCCAGGCCGGAGAUGCAGGCUGGCGCUGAUGCAGAGCUGGUUCAGCGCCUCGAGGCGAGGCAGGAACAGCUGCUAAAGAAGCUAGAAUCUCUGCACUCCGUGGUGCAGAAGACAAGGGAAAGCUUGAGCAUCGGCAUGGAAAAAGGGACGCCAAGCACCAGACAGAUCUCCGCGAGCUCAGUCUCCGCUUUGAUGCAGUCAUCGUCAUCGACUGCCCCGGGCGGAGCUCCACCUUUGGACGUGGUGUUGGGGGCGUCGCCCGGCAGGCCCCCGUUCAGCGUGUGGCCGCUCAAGAGGCUGCUCGGCGAGCGGAGGCGGGUUCUGCUCAGCUGCCACACCCACUCGUCGGUGAGCGGCCUGCCCCAGCGGAUCGGAGACCUCGGUCGACUGGAGGCGGGUGGCGGCGGUGACUCCAGGAGCUUCUACGACCUGGUCCUCACCCUCGUGUGGAAGCAAGUGGAAAGGGACUGUGAGAUGAUGGUGAAUCCUUUGCUGCAAGUGGCCAUUUCCGGAGAGGUCAAUUUGAUCAGGUACCUUGGCCGCCUUCUGGACCCAUCUUACGAGAGCCUCGGACCGGUGGAGGCCACAGAAGUGGACCACUGGUUGGACCAGGCCCACCACGGACUGCUACACGGGAAGAACAAGGAACGCCAGGCGGUGCUCAAGGCCCUCAAUGCGCAACUCGGGAACAGCCCUUAUGUCCUCGGAUCUUCGCCAAGCCUGGCAGACAUCGCACUUUGGAGCGCAGUGCUGCAGUUGGAUCUUUUGUCUGGAGCGCCGUCCAACGUCAAGCGGUGGAUGAAGACGUUGAACGAGGACCCUAAGUUUAAGCUGCCGGAAAGCUGCCUAGUACCGGAAGUCAUUUGAUGAAGCUGAUGGCCCGUGAACGCUACACAUUUUCAAAUGUACAAGGACCGCAAUACUGUGGUUUUUGAAGUUAGGGUGGCGUUUCUUAUUAGUCAAGUUUUCGAAAGACAAUGAUAUGUUGCCUGCUGAUGUACAUUAAAGCUUGCACAUCAUUCUG